AACAAUACUUGAUUUUCACAAACAGUUUAAUUAGUACGAGAAUCAAGAUAUGGACUCCCAAAACAUGAGCUACAAUGCAGGACAAGCCAAGGGCCAAGCUCAAGAAAAGGCUGGCAACAUGAUGGACAAGGCUAGCAGUGCUGCUCAAUCUGCUCAAAACUCCAUGCAACAGGCAGGGCAGCAAAUGCAGGCUAAAGCACAAGGAGCAGCUGAUGCUGUGAAGAAUGCAACAGGGAUGAACAACUAAUGAAGCUUUAGGGGAUCAUUAUGUUGGACUUGGUUUUCCAUUGAAAUAAACCCUGUUAUGCACUGCUGAUUGAUGUAUCUUGCAGAAACGAGAUUCAUUUUUGUUUCAAAUGUAUUCAUUUUAUUUCAUUUUGCAGAAACAUUAACAUGAUUCCAUUUUAUUUCAAAUGUAAUCAUUUUCCAUCAUUAGUUUA